UUGGAGGUUUGGGCGAUUCAGCGCCACCGUGUGAUCCGGAGGAAAAACCUCUCUUACUGCACGAUGACAACCCUUGCAGAGACGAAGGAAGUCUUCAGGAGAGCUGAUGCUGUCUGUUUUGACGUGGACAGCACAGUCAUCAAAGAGGAGGGCAUCGAUGAGCUUGCCAAAUUCUGUGGCGUUGGAGACGCAGUCAGAGAGAUGACUUGUAAAGCCAUGGGUGGAUCAAUGACCUUUAAGAAGGCCCUGACUGAGCGUCUUUCCAUCAUCCGAUGCUCCAGAGAACAAGUAAACAAGCUGAUAACAGAUCACCCACCUCAGCUGACUCCAGGCAUCAGGGAGCUUGUGGAGCGCCUGCACCAGCGCAACAUAAAGGUGUUCCUCAUUUCGGGAGGUUUCCGCUGCAUUGUGGAGCACGUGGCCACCCAGCUCAGCAUUCCUCUGCAUCACGUCUACGCCAACCGGCUCAAGUUCUACUUCAACGGAGAGUACGCUGGUUUUGAUGAGACUCAGCCCACGGCGGAGAGCGGUGGCAAAGGGAGAGUGAUCAGCAUGCUGAGGGAGCGCCACGGCUUCAAGACGGUCGUGAUGAUCGGAGACGGAGCCACCGACCUGGAGGCCUGUCCUCCAGCUAGUGCCUUCAUUGGAUUUGGGGGGAACGUGGUGAGGCCACAGGUGAAGGAGAGGAGUUCGUGGUACGUGACCAGCUUCGAGGAGCUGCUAAGGGAACUGGAGAAGAUUUAG